UAUGCUUCAUGGCUGCAGGAUGCACUCGGAUCCGCAUCAUCAGCAGCGGCAUCAGCAGCAUCUCGUCCUGUUGCCAGUGACGCGAAAGCUGCAGCCAUGGCAGCGAGCCUCGGCGCCGUCCAUGUAAGCCGCAUGCCAAGGUGUGUGGGGGGGUCCAAGAGUGUCCAAGAGGCUUCUGACGUUCUCGAGAAGAUCCUUGAAGGCUAACAGAAUAGUCCAGCAGUAAGGAGGAAACCAGAGGCAACAUGUCAGUGUCACUCACCCCGAGUAGGAAGCCUUCAUCGGGUCAGCGCAGGCGCUCAGCAGGAACAAGCGGCAGCAAUGCACGAUGCACCCACAGUGACACGUCCGGGUCCGGCACCUACCAACUCAAAGUGAAGGCGACAGAGGGCAGCCACACACCGAGGACCUAUCCCAGUACACACAGGCGUCAGGCGAAGCACACGGUGUGUAGUGACAACCAUGGCAUCAGGCCUCCCACCCCAGAGCAGUACCUCACCCCCCUGCAGCAGAAGGAGGUGUGCAUACGUCAUCUGCGAGCCAGGCUGAGGGAGAACGUGGAGAGAUUACAACACAGGGACUGUGAAAUCGACGACUUGAGGACUCAACUGUACAGGAUGCAGGAAGACUGGAUAGAAGAGGAAUGCCACCGCGUGGAGGCCCAGUUGGCGCUAAAAGAGGCCCGCAAGGAAAUCCAGCAUCUUCAGGAAGUGGUAGAGUCAGUCAGGACCAACCUGGGUGUUCGGGAGCAGGACCCCCACGACCACAAGCCAUACUCACAGUCACACGACGCAAGGCCGGUGGGAAGGUCUCGCUCCUGUGGAUGUUCUCCCGCAAGCACUUUAACCCGCGGCGCCACCCGUACCCGCUUGAGCAGCGAGGCGCUGCAGCUGGAGCGUAGUCCGAACGCUCCCGAGUCCAGCAGAGCGUCACGUUUGGGAGGGCAGGCUCAAGUCCUCCUGGAGGCGGGGCUCCUCUCGGAGCAGAUACCGUCACAGGGUCACAUCAGAGCGAUGGUGCCUCCUUCUCCGACCUGUGAAAGGUUGCGCAGAGGGGGCGCCGCGGUGCCAAUGUCACACUCCUGCCACUCUCUCGGUGGCGUCUGCAGGUGCGCUGGACACACCUACUUCCCUCAUCAUCACUUGUUCCUGCACUUACCUCAGGAGGAGCCCCCGGAAACGGUUGCUGCUGAGCCAGUCCCGACUCCGCCUGCUCCGGCGGAGAGGAAACCAGAGGUGCGCUCGAGGGCCUGCAGCCCGACCAUGACCUGGCUGUGUGAGGAAAGUGUUAAUGAGGAAUUGAGCAUCAUUUCUACAACAGUGGACAUGCUUCAUUCAGAGGAACAUCACUUCACAUCAGCUUUGUGUCCUCAUCCACACAGCAAGGAGCAAAAGUCUGCGUACACGGCAAAGACCCCUGAGGAACCCCAUGUGUGUCAGCCUCACCCAGGAGCCACGCUCCCACCGAGGCAACAACGCACCGCGCCGGAGACCGAUGACAACGCCAAGGAGGAGCACGAAACAGGAAACGAUUCGCUUCAGAGGUGUCACUGGAGUCCGUACUUCCUUGUGGAUCUGCUGGCUUUGGCGAUGCCGGUGGUUCCGACGAUGGCGUGGCUGUGUCGCGUGGCGCCACAAGACAUCAUGCCCGUCUAUCAGAUCGGGUCUCUGCUCAGAGGCUGCUGCGCCGUGGCCCUACACUCGCUACGGAGGCAGGGUGCGGGCGAAGUACGCAGACGCGCCAGCAUGAACGGAACAUCCAUUUGACUUUGAAGAGCAAUUUUGACUUUUCCUCGGAUUGAUGUGUUGAUGUUCCCGCUGAUACCAUCUUGCAUGACGACCGGACUUAGAGAACUUUAGUUCUUUCAUUGAUUUCAACCUCGAGUUUCAUUUGUGCAUGAAACUUUCAGUCAAGCUGUCUGACAUUUUCUAACCCAAAACAGAUUUACUUCCGUAUUCAGUCAUCAAAACAUUAGAUUAAGAUUAAUUAAUCUUUUUUUUUGGUGUACGUCUCUAUUUUAUAGCUCAAUUCCCCUUAGAAUAGCAUUGCCAGUUGGACGUUUAACAAAACAAUUUGUACAGAAAUUAAGUUUUAUUAAAGUUGGUGAUUCUUUUUUUGCCAUGGAAAUACUAUAUUCACGGGAGCUUGUACUUGUACGAGAAGCUUUUUAAAGGUUAUCAAGAUAUGAAUAUGAGAUUAAGAAUCUGUAUCAUAACUGUAUGAAUGCAAAUGCAUUUAUAUGACAAUGUUUCAGAUCUAUUUUUGAAUUUUGUACCAUAAUGAAUAAUUGUGGUCUCCACAGAGCGAUAUGAUUUUACACACAAGAGUCAAAGGGUAAAAUAAAUUCAGCGCCAAAUCAUCAAGUGAUUAAUAUUUCAGGUAUUUCUAUGAUGAACUGACAACCAAUGCAAAAGGAAAACAUCUGCUGAGGUGUUUUUGGUUAGCGCUCUGCUAUUCACAGUGGACGUUUUGAGGAGGCGACACAGGAAGUUGUUUUACUUUGUGUGAGUCGCUCUAUUGUGCUGCAUUUUUAAUUCUAAUCCUGUAAAAUAUGACACCUGUAACAGCUAAGAUGUAUAGUUGCCAAUCUCAGCCUUAUGCAAAUUGCACAAAUUGCACGAAUCUUUUUUGGGUGCUUUUAUUUUGUUUGGGAAAAAAAAUUAUUGACAUUCAAAUUGUAUGAUUGCACCCCAAAUCUGUAAAAUACUGCAAAAAAGUAGUACGCACAGCUCUGGAAAGUGUUUUUCGUUCAAUGGAAUUGUACAAAAUAAAAACAGCCAGAUUCACUCCAAUAAAUUGUCGUAAACCUUUUAU